AUGAAUACUGAAGAUCGUGAGUCAUUCAACGAAGAAAUGUCAUUUAUGGUUGAGGAGGUGAGACAAAGCAGAGCUGCCACUACCUUGAUGGAGCGAUUUUGCUUUCAAAGAUCUGAGAACGAGGAAAGACAGGCUGAUGCAAGUCAUUCGGAGAGCCGAGUCCGAAUUGUUCCCCUUUCCCCCGCAAUCAGUGAGGAGGAUUUGGUAAUUGCUGUCAACAACGAUUAA